CCGAAAACUUCGUAUUUUUUGACCCUUCGUGUUCGGAAAUGGCGGCUAUUUCUCCGGCGACUGCAACAACCGCUGCUUCUCUAUCUCUGCCUCAGUUCACCUCCUCUCCAUCGUCUCCUUCUUAUCUGAAUUUCAAAACUGCUACAUUCGGUAAUCGCUGCGUAAAGUGUGGAGUGAGAAGCUUAGAGAAUCAGUCUGGUCACCGGAGCCUCGAUUUCUUGUCCAAUGGGGAUCCGAUCAGUUUAAUUAACCCGAAUUCGUCGUCUUCUCCGAUAUCAAUGGCUGCGGCUGCGUCGGAAUCCGGUUCGAAAUGCUCGAAGCGUGUGUGUCUCUUCCACAGCGAUGAGACUAGAGAUCUCGCCGAGAGGAUCGUCGCGCAAUCGGAUUGUAUCGAGCUUCGAAGCAUCAAUUGGAAGAAAUUUGAUGAUGGAUUCCCUAAUCUGUUCAUACAAAAUGCUCAAGGCAUUCGUGGGCAGCACGUUGCCUUCUUGGCUUCGUUCAGUUCACCGGCUGUGAUCUUUGAACAGCUCUCUGUUAUUUAUGCUCUUCCCAAGCUUUUUGUUUCGUCGUUUACACUUGUUCUUCCAUUCUUCCCCACUGGAACUUCUGAGAGAAUGGAGGACGAAGGUGACGUGGCGACUGCUUUCACUCUCGCUAGGAUACUCUCGAACAUACCGGCUUCGAGAGGAGGACCGACUAGCUUAGUGACCUUCGAUAUACAUGCCUUGCAGGAAAGAUUCUACUUUGGUGAUACUAUACUUCCAUGCUUUGAAAGUGGUAUACCUUUGCUCAAGAACAGACUCCAGGCACUACCUGAUUCUGAUAACAUAUCAAUUGCAUUCCCGGAUGAUGGAGCAUGGAAACGUUUCCACAAACAACUUCAACAUUAUCCAACGAUUGUAUGCAACAAAGUUAGAAUGGGAGACAAACGAAUAGUUCGUAUCAAAGAGGGAGACGCUGAAGGGAGACACGUCGUGAUUGUGGAUGAUUUGGUUCAGUCGGGUGGCACGUUAAUCGAAUGCCAGAAAGUCUUAGCUGCACAUGGAGCAGCAAAGAUAAGCGCAUAUGUAACACACGGCAUAUUCCCUAAGAGUUCAUGGAAACGUUUCAAGCUCGACACCAAAGGUGAUCCAGCGGAAGGUUUUAGCUAUUUCUGGAUCACAGACUCAUGUGGAUUGACAGUGAAAGAGGUGAUGAAUAAACCUCCCUUUGAAGUUCUGAGCCUCGCAGGUUCCAUAGCUUCGGCUCUUCAAGUUUAAGCUUCUGUGGUUCGAGUAGACAAAUCCAGCGGGAAAUAAUUUUUGGGUUUGUGACAAUCUGAUUUUAUGAGCUUUGAUGUAUAGUUUCGUUUGAAACAUUUGCCAUUCCAGAGGUUGUUUUAUUUUUUAUGUAGGAAAAUCCAAUAAUGUAAUGAUGAUUCAUUGAGAAUAAACGUAAUUUAAUUUUCUGGAUAUCAAAUUCA